CGAGUGACGUAUUCCGAGUCUGACCAGGAGCUGUACAUUCGAUCGCUGUCCGAAUCGCUCAUGAUACACAAGGAAAUUGUCGAACGUAUUGAAAACGAAAAAGAACAGUAUAUGGAAAACGUAGAGCGGGAACGCAAGCAGGAACGUGAGACGCAACGAGUAACGCUACAUGCCUUGGAAGAGCAACGACGAGAAUACGAAAAGCUACAAAUGGCACACCAUGGCUUGUUGAGUGACAUGGAGAAAAAGAAACAAGAAUACAAGCGGAUGGAGACCAACUACUAUUCGCACGUACGUCAAAUUCGCGCGACGGACGACGACUUAUCGACGGUCCAAUCCGAAAUCAGCCAUCUAUUUAGUCAAAUCGGUAACCUGUGCAUGAGUCUGCGGUCCAAAGUGGACAGAGAAGCAGGAACGGCAUUUGCGCUCGAGCGGUGGCCGGACAAAGAAGAAGUCAUCAAGGGCCAAUUGCUGAAAGAAGGCGAGGAGACGCUGGAUACAGGAUACAUUGGACUGCUUAUUGAAAAAUAUCUGAUUGAGGUGCUUUUGGAAUUGUUGCUACGCCAGCCACUGCAUCCAGGCGUGUCGAUCAACGAUGCAUAUCAGCAAGUCGAGGCAUGGUUCGCCCAACGCAAUCCAGAAUGGGCUACUCGGCUGCGACAGCAAGCAAGUGCUUUGGUAGCGAAGCAGCCGGAUGAUGAAGAGAGCAUGAUUGAAGAGGCUAAACAGCAAAUUGUGCAGUCGAUCCUCGAGAUGUUAGGCAGAGUGUGUCCCAAAGUUAAAGACGAUGCUAACCAGGAAAAGAAGGUCGCUAAUAUCAUCAACCGAGCGGCGAAAUUAAACCUGGCGAUCAAGGGCCAAGAAUUGCCUGUGGAUGUGCUGCCUAUCGAAGAAGGCGUGGCAUCGUUCGAUAGCGACUGUAUGAAGCCUGCAAGCAAAGGAAAGGCAGAGGGUACUGUGCUGUUGGUCAUAGCCCCCGCUUUCACUGCAAACGACCCUAGUGAUGCGGAACAUGGUUUCGUUGUACCUGCCAAGGUGCUUUGUGUAUAG